AUGGCCAUGUACAAAAAUACAAGUCCAUGCUUCGUCCGGGCAUGGGGCCUGCUGAGGGAUCGGCAGUGGUGCAAUCCCUUCGUCUGGGGCAAGGACCUCUUGAGCAUCAGCAUCAACAGCCACCACAACGGCCGGGCAAGCAAGAAUAAUAAAGUCCCCGUACUUCUGAAGCCAGGCGGCAUGGUCGAUGCGCGCGGUUUAGACGCUUCCGUUGGCGCCACCAUCCAUCACCCAACGACGGCUGGGCGGACCUGUCUAGCGUUCUCUCCGUCGGUGAGCUUCGGCCGCUGGGCAGAAUGGAUUCUCUGGCUCCCGUCGCCGUACCGUACCGUGUACGUAAACCCUCUGACAACGUCGCCUCCCAAAACCAGGGUCCCUCGGUCGUACAAACCUCUUGCAGACGUCUAA